GUGGGAGGAAUAGUGCCCCAUCAUUGGUGUCCGUGAAAGGAAUAGUGUCCCAUCGUUGGUGUCCAUGAAAGGAAUAGUGCCCCAUUGUUUGUGUCCGUGGGAGGAAAAGUGCCCUAUCGUUGGUGUCUGUGGGAGGAAAUGUGCCCCAUUGUUGGUGUCUGUGGGAGGAAUAGUGCCCUAUAGUUGGUGUCCAUGAGAGGAAUAGUGCCUCACUGUUGGCCUCAGUGGCAGUGGGAGGAAUUCUGCCCCAUCAUUGAUGUCAUUGG